AUGAACGACGUAGGCGGGGCAGGCAUUCCGUCGAGCACCUCGUGCACGACGGGCGGAGGUGCUGGGGUCGGGGCGGGCGGGGCGGGCGUCGGCUUCUUCCUAGAGGUGGGCUUCUUCGCCUUCGGCGCCGCUGCCCCCUUCGGCCCAAGGGAGGGCUUCUUCCUCACCUUCGGCGCCGCUGCGGUCGGGGCGACGGCCGGGGCGGGCUGGGGGAGGACGACGUGCUGGCCAGCACGCCGCCUCUUCGAGCCGACGGCCACCACCGACGGCACCUCCGGCACGGACGGAGGGAGCGAGGACGGGGUCGGCGCAGGCGUCGUCGAGGCCGAGGACGGGGGCGGGGCGGCGGGCAGAGGGAGGGAGGACGCGGGCGGGGCGGCCGGGGCGACGGAGGAGUCCGGCGGCGCCUCCAUGGCUCGCCGCGGGGGCGACGGGAUCGACGAGGCGUCCGACGGGAGGGAGCGCGCGAGGGGAAAUUUCCCUCCCGCGCAACGACUGGUGGAGUGCGGGUUGGAGAACCAGCGGGAGAAGAUCACCGAGUCAUCCAAACACUGCAGUAAUUGA